UCGUCAGUACUGGACGUGUGCGUGUACCAUGAUAUCGACUACUGUACUACUGAAGGCACGACCAUGGGCCAGUACUACCUGCAGUUAUUCGACCUCAAGACGGAGAAGAUCUGGAUCUUCUACUGCGUCAUCUACAUGGCUGUCUUCUACGUGACGUGUAUGACUCUGGGGUAUCUGGCUCUAGAGUACAAACGCUACGAGACGCCCGAGAACGUGGGGGUUGUCACUACAAAGACCGAAGAAGACGACGCUUACAGACUUGCUACUACCCCCACUAGCAAUGUCUCCAAGUCUCUUACAGCGAGUGAGGUGGUGAUGGAGGUAGCGUCUCGAAACUCGAGCUUCACUCCAGUCACUGUGGCGUUCAAAGACCUGCGGUACUCGGUGCCAAAGCCGUCGAAUCCCAAGGAAUCCAUCGAGCUGCUUAAAGGUAUCAGUGGCUUUGCUCUUCCUGGUCAAAUGACCGCUCUUAUGGGCGCUUCGGGAGCUGGCAAGACGACUCUCAUGGACGUAAUCGCGCACCGGAAGACUGGCGGGACGAUCUCGGGUCAGAUCCUCCUGAAUGGCUACGAAGCCAACGAGUUUAUCCGUCGAUGCACUGCCUACUGCGAGCAAAUGGACAUUCACUCGGAAGCCUCCACGAUCCGUGAAGCUCUCACGUCUAGUGCGUUCUUACGUCAAGAUAGCAGCGUUCCGGACAGCACUAAGAGGGAUUCUAAGUACGAUUCCGUGGACGAGUGUUUGACGCUUCUGGACUUGCACGAGAUCGCCGACCAGAUCAUCCGAGGCAGCUCCACGGGGCAGAUGAAGCGCUUAACGAUCGGCGUGGAGCUGGCUGCUCAGCCGAGUGUCUUGUUCCUUGACGAACCUACCAGUGGACUGGACGCUCGAUCCGCUAAAGUGAUCAUGGAUGGAGUGCGGAAGGUGGCGGACUCUAAACGCACCAUCGUGUGUACGAUCCACCAACCUUUGGCGGAGGUUUUCUUCCUGUUCGACAGUCUGUUGCUGCUGAAACGCGGUGGCGAGACGGUGUUCUUCGGUGACUUGGGACACAAGUGCAAGCAUCUGGUCGACUACUUUGACGCGCUUCCGGGCAUCUCGUCGCUGCCGGCCAAGUACAACCCUGCGACGUGGAUGCUCGAGUGUAUCGGUGCCGGUGUCUCGAACAAUUCCGCGGAUGGCUUGGACUUUGUAUCGACGUUUGAAGCCAGCGAACAGCAGCAGAAACUGCACCACGCUCUGUCGAAUGAAGGCAUCGGACUGCCGUCUCGUGACAUCUCCGAGCUGCUCUUCGCCAAGAAACGAGCCGCAGCGUCCACGACCCAGAUGCACUUCCUCGUCAAGCGCUUUAUGGACAUGUACUGGCGCUCACCUACGUACAACCUCACACGAGUGGGCAUGUCGGUGUUUUUGGCGCUACUUUUCGGUGUCACGUUUACUCAGGCCGAGUACCAGACGUACCAGGGCUUGAACUCGGGCAUGGGGAUGCUU